AUGAACCUAAUGUUUAUUUAUAUGAACGUGGAGGAAGAGGAAGGUUCGAGUAUUAAAGAUGUGGACAAAAGUGAUGGGUUGAUGGAACAAAAGAUGGAAAUAGGUGGAGAUGUGAUUAGCAAAAAUGUCAGUAAUAAUGAAAGCAAAGCAUUCAAAGAAGAUCCGAAGCCUGAUGUACCAAGGCAUGGUAUAAGUUUAAUCAACAUAUUUUGGGAUAAUAUUAGGAAUGGCGAUACUAGUCAAGUUGGAUUAGAGAAGGAAAAUGCCGAAAAAAACGAUAUUGAAAGUAAUGAGUCGAUUGCUGAAGUUGACCAGUUGUUGUCGGAUAUGAAGAAUGGUAACAGUGAAUUUGCGGAUAUCUGGUGUGAUAAUGGGACAUAUAAUGUUGGUUAUUGUGAAUGGGAUGAAAUGACUGGUGAUGAAAAGGAUGAACAUAAGAAAUUCGUCUGUUGUAAAGUUGAUGACCUAAUAGAUUUUGAUGAAUCUGAUCAGAUGAAUGAAAGGGAACCUGAAAGCAUAUUUGAUACAUUUAUUGGAAAUGAUUUAAUCGACUUUAGGUGUGUUGCAGAGGAAUCGGUAAAGAAUGAUGAAGGUAAGAAUGAAAUAAUUUGGGAAUCAGAUGGUAAUAUGCUUCGAAGAAUUGGUGAUAAAAAUAAUGUUGAAAAG